UCUUUAAAUAUAAAAUUAUUUUCAUUAGAUACAAUUCUUCACGUUAAUGUUAACUGUAUAUUGUUAGCUUGUCUCGCUCAGGAAUCAAUUCGUUUAUUUACGAAUGGUACAAACAGAAUAAGAACAUUUGUAGGUCACUUUCGAUACAUCUUCUUAAUUUAGGAAAUAAGUAUAUAAGUCGUAAAGUCGUGAUUACAAUUUUGAAUGAAGUUUAUAUCAAUUAAUAUUAACAAAGGUAUCAUAAUGUCUAGUGAAAAUAAUCUUAAGCUACAGGUAAACUACAAUAUGAUAAGAACGGUGGAAGAAGAAGUUAUAAAAGUGUUACAAAAAGAAGAUUACACUUUGAAUACAGUAAAUAUAUACGGGGAGAAUUUGUUGCACGUCAGUGCAGCGAACGGAUGUCUUGAAAUUGUAAAAGAAAUUUUGCGAAACCCAGACGCCUCUCAAAUAAUUGAUAGGAAAAAUAAAUUCGGUUGGACACCCUUAAUGUUAGCGAUUCGUAAUAGAAAUAUAAAAACGGUGAAAUAUCUUCUGGAAAAACAUGCUAACGUGAAUGAAUCAACAUAUCUAGGUAUGUCUAUCAUUGGGCUUGCGGCUGCUAUAAAUAAAGAUAUGUUCGAAAUUUUAUACGAAGCAUGUCCGGCGGCACUGUUGAAAUCUAUAGACGAUGACAUCACUCCACUUUGUAUCGCUGCUAUGAAAAAUGAUAAAAAUUUGUUUUUCAGAUUAAUAGAGUUAGGUUUCGACGUCUCCAAAAAUAAUAAUUACACUGACAUCAUGAUAAAACAAUCGAUAGUACCUGAAAUAAGACGUUUUGGAAAACAACAUCUCGAUGUGGAAGAUUAUUGGAACGACAGUUCUGACAAUAUUCCUCAAGAAUCCGAAUCGUAUGAGAUUAAAUUUGACACAUCUGCUUUAAGUGAUAUUAACAUACCAAUGUUUAAAUUUGACACUGUAAAGUCGAAUGCCGAUGACGGUAAAAAUAAUCUGACAAAAGUUGCAAAAAGGUUGCUAGAACCCUGUAUGUUAGAUGUACCAACGAACGAAUCGCUAGCUACUGAACACAGUUUAAUUUCACCAACUUUGACUCAUCUUAAUACUCUUAACGAAAUAUUACCUGCUCCUCCAAAUAUAUAUUUCACGAAAAGUGGAUCUAUUCAUGAAGAGAACGUCAAUACGGCAUCCAAUAUUGAGAUUGAAGGUGGUUUGUUAAUUAAAAAAGUAAAUGUCCAUGAGAUUAAGAACAAUUCAACUCAGUCAUCUUUACAGAGACUGCAGUCCGUUCGUCCAUCAGAUAUAAUUAUUCAAAAUCCAGAAGAGGACCUCGACACCACCCUUGGAUACGUACCAGAUUUUAGUCCAUUACGUUCACCCAAUAUACCUCCGGAUAUGAAUGAUGAAAAUGUAUUUGGAGAAGACACUCCGACACCUCCACAUUACAGAACACCUCCAAGGGGAAUUAGAUUGAAUUCGCAAGAGACAAAAAUGUGUGCCUUGUUGAAACAUUACGGACUGGGUCAACAUGUGCCUAUAUUUCUUCAAGAAGAAAUAGAUAUUGAUUUGUUUGUGACUCUUACUAAUGAAGACUUGAUUGAGAUUGGGAUAAAAAAUGAAGAAGACAGGGAAGCUAUUUUAAAUGCAAUAAAUGAUUAUAACAAGUUAAUGGUAUAAAAGAAGAUAUAUUUCCUUUUCUCAUAUUUAAUUAGGUGUUCUUAUUUAAU